AAAUACAUCAAUUUAUCAUCUCAUUUAAUAUGACGCAGACGUGUCCCUCCUGCACAUGCUCAGUGCGAGUGUAUGCAAACAUGCAGGAAUGGUUGGGAUGUCCUCGGUACUUCAGCCCAGUUCCCAGGAAAAGUAUCACGAGUUUCAAGUGACGGGAUCGUCCUUUUUUUGGGACGGUUCCAUCCUAUCCGACAAAAAAAACCGGCUCUUCAGUCUGCCCCUCCUCACUCAUCAGAAGCUGAUAAAGGUGAGCCUUGGAGUUACCAGGAAGCACUUUGACAAGAGCAGCACGCCCGAAGCCAAACGGAACCAUGCCGGUCCCCAAGAAAGCAGGGAAAAAAGGAAACAGCGCUGCAGAAGAAAAGAUGCCACCGUAUGAGCCAAAUAUCCCCGAACCAACUACCAGAGCUGACUUCAUGAAAUACUGGUUCCCCGUCUCUCUGGAUGACAAAACAGCACAGAAGCUUCUGUGGAUUUCUGAGGGCAGCAGCAAAGUGGCUCGUACCUCCGACGCAGUCUGCCCUUAUCCCAACAGGCCUGAAAGAUACCAGGACUCACCACAGGUGCUGUGUAAGGAGGGCUUGAUGGGCAUCCGAGGCUACUGGGAGGUGGACUACGACGGCUGGGUGGUGGUCGGCGUGGUGGCGGAGAGUGCGCCCCGUAAAGGCCAGGAGGUGCCCUGCGGUCUCGGGGAGAACAAAGGCUCCUGGGGGGUCGGCUGGUCCGGUUCCUGCUACCAGGUCUGGCACAACGGUGAGAACAUCGACAUCCAGCUGCCGCCGUCCCGCACCAUGGGCGUCUACGUCGACCUGCCGGCCGGCGUCAUCUCCUUCCUGUCGGUGGAGGGAGACUCCGAGAAGGAGGUGCGGCUGAUCCACAAGUACAAAGCCAAAUUCGAGGAGAGAAUUUUCCCCGGGUUUUGGAUCGGAACAAAUUCCUUCUGUCUUAUCCGGAAAAAAGAUCAGUGACACUUGAAAGGGAUUUGUAUGGAAGCCCAUUCGUGCCAUGAAUGACAAAACUAAAGCCCGCAGUAAGUCAUAAUUUUUGAUAUACUGGAUCAAGCCAACAAAAUUAUGACAUUAAAACUCAAAAUUAUGACUUUUAUUCUCAUAAUUAUGACUUUAAAACUCUAAAUGAUUACUUUUUUCUCAUAAUUUUCACUGAAACUCAUAAUUAUGACUAAACCCCAAAAUAACUGUUUUCAUAUAACCUUUAUUCACAAAAUUAUGUCUUUUGUUCUCAUAAUUAUGAUUUAAAAACUUGUAAAACUUGUUUUAACUUGUAGAAAUUUAACUUGUAAAAUUAUGAACUUUAAAGUCGUCAUUUUACAUGACUUUUUAUUUUUGUUUUCAUGAUUAUAAAACUCUAAAUUUUGUCUCCCUGUCUGGCUUUUACUUUUUGGUUCAUGGCAGAAAUGAGCUUCUGUAUAUUGUGGGUAUGGGGCAGCAGUAGUUUUACCAGGAAGUGUUCAUUUAAGUGUGAUUGGAGAAAAAAAACGAGCUUUGAAGUACAACUGAAGACAUGUUGGCAGUUUUUUUUUCUCUGAAUGCAUAAAAACACCUUCAGAUUUUCAUUUGUUUUUGUUAAUUUAAGUUAAGCAAGGUAAAGUUGGGUGUUUUUAUUACUUUGAUCCUGUUUAAUUGUCCUCAGUGUAGUCAAUAAAGUAUUCUUCUUCACUAUGCCAGUAUGAAGUCGACACUCAACUGA